GUUUCCGGUUUAUGACAUCACUGAAAGGGGCGGAUUUGUUUUCUUGUUUGGGUUUUUUUUUCAGCUGUCAAAAGUUUUGGAAUCACUGAACCUAUGAUCUUAAAAUUUUAAGCCUCUCGCAGAAUUAACAAUGUGGCGAUUCAAACCAUCAAAAUAUAAAAAUGCUGUUCCCAAAAUUCCGAAAAAGGGAGAGGGCUGGAUUACUGACAUUUCUGUUGGUUCCCUUCCCUCCUUUGGAAAUCACAUCAAAGCUAGUUCUCUUUUAAUAGCCUUUAAUAUCGAUUCUGGAGGUGGAGGGAAUCUUGGUGUUCUUUCUCUGAAUGAUACAGGAAGUAAAAGUAAAGAUCUAUCAGUUCUGCAUGCUCAUUCAGAAUUUAUUACUGAUUUUGACUUCUGUCCAUAUGAUGAUGAAAUUUUGGCAACUGGAUCUCAAGAUCAUCAUAUAAAAUUGUGGAGAAUAACAGAAAAUACCUUAAACAGUAAUGUGCCAAAUAAUCCAGAAGUUGAUAUCUUAGCAUCUAAUAAAGUAGAAGUAAUUAAAUUUCAUCCACAAGCUGAUUGUGUUGUUUCUGCUGUGGAAGGUUCUGCCAUUCAUCUCUAUGAUGUAAAUAAAAAGCAGAGUAUAUUUGCUGACUCGAGUCAUGAAGACAUUGUUCAGUCCAUUUCAUGGAGGCAUUCUGGAGACAUUUUAGCAUCUACUGGCAGAGAUAAAAAAUUAAGAUUGUGGGAUCCCAGGGAUCCUUCUAAUAAUCAAGUUGCAGAUAGCCAUAGUAAUAACAGAGACUCCAGAGUUGUGUGGUUAGGAGAUACAGAACAAUUACUGACUACUGGUUUUGGAAGUGGAAGAGAAAGAGAAGUUCUACUUAGAGAUAUUCGAAAGCUUCAUGAGCCUGUUGCAUCAUAUUCUGGAGAUUCUAGUCUUGGAGUUUACAUUCCAUUAUUUGAUCCAGAUACAAACAUGUUAUUCCUAAUUGCUAAAGCUGAUACUGCCAUAUCAUUUUGGGAAAUUUUAGACCAUGCUCCAUUUCUACAAGAAGCUACAAAAUAUCUUGGAGAAAUCCAAGCUAAAGGAGCUGCAUUAGUACCUAAAAGAGCUCUCGAAGUUAUGGAUGGAGAGGUAAACAGAAUCUUACUUCUGGGACAGAAUUGCAUUGUUCCGAUUUCCUUUCAAGUGCCUAGAAAGUCUUACAGAGAAUUCCAUGCUGAUCUCUUUCCUGAUACAUUUGCUCCAGAACCUUCAUUAACUGCUUCACAGUGGUUAGCUGGCGAAAAGUCAAAGGUCACAAAAGUAAGUUUAAUGCCAUCCAAGAUAGGAAAAUCUUUAACCAAGACCAAUCAUCAUUUAGGAUCUGGACCUAAGAAAGAAAUACUGAACUCAUCAGUUGUAGAAGAUUCUGUUUCAUCUGAAUUGAAUAAAAUAUCAGUGAGUAAUGAAGCUGAAACUGAAAAAACUGAUGCUAAAAAGCCAUCAAAGCCACAACCAGCUAGAAAACCUUCCCCUCCAAUAAAGCCAAAACCUGCAAACAUUGAAUCCAAAGUUACUAAGUCUUCUCCAGUAUUGACUCCUAAAUAUGUUGAUCAUGUGAAGCAAGCUUUCAAUAAUAAAGAAACUCCUACUGACUCUGCAAAAAUAAGUCCAGCUGUUAAAAGGUCUACUCGAACAUUUGGAAUGCGUGUAUCCAAAUUCCGUCACUUAAAUGGAAAUAUAUUUCCAAAAGAGUUCCAUAUCACAGAUUUACCCACUCUGACUAGAACAGUACCUGGAGAAUCCAAUGGUUUUGAUGCAAAUGAGAAGCGUGUUGCUGUGCCAAUAGGUGCAGCUGGCAAUUUCCUUGCAAUUUUAGAGUUGUCAAAUUCUGGACGCUCAGCUGCUGCUGCAGAUAUGCCUGGCCUUUUAACUUCAGCUACUGUUAUGGAUUUCUGUUGGGAUCCAUUUGAUUCUAGUCGUAUUGCUGUUGCAUGUGAUACUGGAGAUGUACAGAUUUGGAAUAUACCAGAUGGUGGACUUCAGCAAAAAGUAGAAGAACCUUCCAUUUGUUUUAAAGCGCAUUCUGAAAAAACUAGCAUUGUAAAAUUUCAUCCUUGUGCUAGUGACAUAAUUGCAACAUCUUCAAGUGAUCUUACUAUUCGUGUGUGGGAUUUAACAGCACAAGAAGAAAAAUUCUGCCUUCAAGGACAUUCAGAUCAGAUUUUAAACUUUGCUUGGAGUCCAGAUGGCCAAUAUAUUGCAUCUGUUAGCAAAGAUCAAAAAGUUCGCAUAUUUGAUCCUAGAAAUUCCUCUGAACCUAUUAAAGAAGGACCAGGACCACAAGGCACUAGAGGUGCCAGAAUUGUAUGGGUUUUAAACUCUACUUAUUUGGUAGUUACUGGCUUCAGCAAAGUGUCAGAAAGGCAAAUACAUCUUUAUGAUUGCAAUGAUCUUACUAACAUAAUUGGGCAAGUUGGCUUAGAUGUUAGUCCAGCUACAUUGAUACCACAUUAUGAUGAAGAUAGCUCAACUUUAUUUCUGUCUGGUAAAGGUGAUUCAGUAAUUUUUGCAUAUGAAGUAGCCACUGAUAGUCCCUAUUUCCAUCCUUUGUCUCAUUAUAAAUGCAACAAUCCUCAUCAAUAUAUAUCAUUUCUUCCAAAAUUUGUUUGCAAUGUGCAGGAAGUCGAAUUUGCAAGAGCAGUUCGCUUAACUUCUUCAACUAUUGAACCCAUUUCAUUUCAUGUUCCUAGAUUGAGAUCAGAGUAUUUUCAAGAUGAUCUAUUCCCCCCAACACGCAAAAAUUGGGAACCUUCAAUGACGAGUUCUGAAUGGCUUUCUGGCAUCAACAAGCCUAUUGAAAUCUUAGACAUGAAGCCUUCUGAAAUGACACCAUUAAGUGAAGCACCACCGCCUGUCAAAGCAGGAAGUAAUAAGCCCUCUAAUACAUCACCAAGAAUUGCAUUCGAAGGUGAAGUUGUACUUCAGAGCUCUCUAGCAUUUUUACAAAAUAGUAAAGAAAAAGAAGAAAAGAUUAAACAGUCCAUGUCAUCCCAAUGUGAGUUACAGCAAAGCAGUUUACCCCAAGAAGAAUUUGAAGGAGUUGAUCCAGAUGAAUGGGAUGAAGAAGAGAAAGAACAUUCACAACAGAAUUUAUGAUUCAAUUAACUAAUUUUAAUGUAAAUGAUACAUCAUUCCUAAUUUUUAUAUAAUUGUUAAGAAACAGUAGACUGGGACUAUUGUUUCAAAAUUCUGCUGUAAUUCAUUUUAUUGACAUGUAAAUAUUUACAAAUGCCAUGAUUUUGAUUCAUACUUUUAAUAUUGAAAAUAUAUGCUUUUAUUGUUUGUACAAUUUUAUUAUCUUGAACUUUUUAAAUAACUGAUUGAUGUGUAUACAUAUAUUAAUUUGGCCAAAUUUGCAGUACAAAGUUUUAAUGCUUGAUUUUCAUUUUGCUGAAAAAAAUAAAUGUAAUGAGAUUAUUUUAUAAAUUUAUGCAAUUUUUUCUUGUGUAUGGAUCCUAUUGUUUUGUAAUAAAUAUUUGUGUAUGUGGCUGAAACUUUGCGAUGGAAAGAGAAUUACCAGUUUAUAAAAAAAUUGAUAUUUAAAAACAUAUAUGCACUAUAUUAACUACAUAACAUAAUUCAUAAAUUAUAUCUAUUAUGUUAUAUACUAAAAAUUUUAUUGUUUAAAAAAAUUAUGUUAAACAAUCUAAAAAAAAUAUCAGUAUCUGCAUAAUUUUAGUUGAUUAGCCAAAAAUUAUAUGUAAAUGCAACUACUGAAACAAAUGUUGUUUUAAAUAUUUUUAAAUUCUAUUUUAAUGUACCAUUUUAAAUUUUAUUUAUAUUAAGCCAAAAAAAACUUUUUUAAUUUUUUUUUAUGUUCCUUCAAUUGAUAUUUUUCAGAUUCAUAUUAUAGUCUUAAAAAAAAGGUUGUAUUUCUGAUAUGUAAUUCUUAUAAAUUAUUCUUCGUUAUUUUUUAUAUAUUUAAAUAUAAUUGUACUUGAGUAACUUGGAAAUGUGUAUAUAUUUACAUGCAUUGGUAAAUUAUGAAUUAAGUACAUUUAUACUGCUUCCAAUUUCAAAUGUGCCAUGUAUUAAAUUUUAGAAAUAUGACAAUCUUUGUGCUUUGAAUUAUCAUUUUUAAUGAAAGUUUAAAUCAAAUUUACAAGCUUGGCUAUUCAAAAAUGAAUGUGCACUUUUCUGGACCAAUGUAAUAUAAAACAUUUGUGCUAGUCUUUAUAUACCAAUGGCUAAAAUGCAUUUUUAAUUCACAUCCAUAUAUCCCCUAAAACAGUUUGAUCACAUAAUAUUUUUCUUAAAUACAUGCCUCAGUUAAAGAAUUAACAUCCAUUAAAAUUUAGAUUUGUAUAAAAUUUAGAAUUGCAAAAUUGCAUUCUUAAUAUAAUAGAAUAGGGUAAUAUGUUUCACUGCUGUAAUCUAAGCAGGUAUGAAAGCAGUACUCAAAAUGAAUGUAAAGACUUUAAAAUUUAAUGAAUGUAUGAAAUUAUAGCAUUCAUUUGCAGUUUAUAGAAUAACACUGUAUCUUUAGAAUUUUCAUUUUUUUCUUUUUGGGCAUUAAUGGUGAUUUAGCUUUUAAAGUAAGAUUGACACUUUUUAUAUGAUGGUGAUAGUUGCAUAUUAGUAUUUCAGAUAUAUUUUGCAACAUACCGAAAUGAAUUAAAUCAAUUUAAUAUUUUGGAAAAAGCAAAAAAAAAAAAAAAUUCAUGCUAACUUUGUCUAUUUAUAAACAUAUUAGAAUUCUGGUAAAUGAUUUAGGAUAUAUUUUUAUUAUGUAAUAAAGAUAUUGUUACAAAGAGUUUCUUUUUAAAUUUUCAAAAAAAAAAAAAAAAAACUUUAAUUAUCACACUAUGUGAAUUUUCGAUUUCCGUUAUUCCCUUAAAAUUUUAUAAAUUACUUUGUUAGUACAUUUAAAUUCAGCCAAUAUCUUUUAUAUUUGUUGGUGAAAAGUAUAGUAAUUUAAGCAAUGAAAACAAUGUGUGUGAAAAAUUCGGCCUGAUUGGUGACAAAAUUAUAUAUAUGUUUAAUACAAUGCACAAGAAAUGCAUUUAUUGUAACUCAUUCAAAUUUCUUUUUAAGCUCAGCUGUACAAAAGUCACAAAUCAAAUCUUUUGUCUAAGUCAAUAAUUUGUAAUGCCAUAUGCUACGGUUAUUAUCAUGAAACAAUGUAUCACCACCUUUGUACACUUCAAAAAUAUAUCUCAUAUAGCAAAUAAAUCAUGACUUUUCAAGUGAAAAUAAAGUAUCUUUCUUUUAAGUUGUCCA